AUGUCGGCAAUCUCCAUUAAAAAGGAGCGCCUAGCUGUGCUCGAGUUAGUCGAAUUACGGUAGAGUUAUCGGUAGGGUUUCCUCUACUGGUGUAUUUGUUUAUUUUGGUGAAUUUAUUUUAAUUUAAUAUGCCUCCAGUCUCACUCACGGAUGAGGCUCCAAAAAAGUCUCUGCGAGUAGCCAUCAUUGGUCAAAGCACAUUUGCUGCGGAAGUUUUUAAACUGCUUGAACGGGAUGGUCAUGAAGUGGUCGGUGUGUUCACUGUUCAGGACAAAGGAAACCGAGAGGACCCACUAGCCACAAUUGCUGCACAGAACGGCAAACCAGUGUACAAGUACAAAACAUGGAGAGUUAAGGGAAAAGUUAUUCCAGAAGUGUUUGAACAAUACAAAUCUGUAAAUGCGGACAUCAACAUCUUACCAUUCUGCACCCAAUUCAUACCCAUGGAGGUGAUCACUUACCCGAAAUUCGAGAGUAUUUGCUACCACCCCAGCAUACUGCCUAGGCAUAGAGGAGCUUCAUCUAUUAACUGGACGCUUAUCGAAGGCGACACAACUUGUGGCCUGACGAUAUUCUGGGCGGACGACGGCUUGGACACCGGGCCGAUCCUGCUGCAGGAAACCUUUCCGGUCACAAUGGACGACACUGUGGACACGCUAUACAACAAAUAUCUCUAUCCCGAAGGUAUCAAGGCAUUAGCUAAAUCUGUGAACAUGGUUGCAAACGGCACGGCGCCAAAAAUCGUUCAAACAGAAGAGGGAGCCACCUACGACCCAGCGCUGUUCAAACCAGAGACACACCAGAUCGACUGGUCGAAAGGCGGCGUUGCACUGCACAAUUUUAUCAGGGGCCUCGAUUCUUCCCCCGGGGCAACUACUACUAUCAAACCACAGACUAAAGACGGCUUCGUAGAGGGCAGCGAAGAUACCAUAGAGCUGAAACUCUUCGGAUCUACCCUAUGGGAGGGCGAGUAUGAGGCGAAAGGGGAUAAAUUGGUGAUUUCUGGAUUGAAAGCACCCGCGGUGGUGCAUGAAGCUGGGUUGAUGAUUACUGCUAAUGAUGGCGUUAAGCUCAACAUCCAAAGGCUAAAAGUGAACGGCAAAAUGAUAAACGCUCAAAACUUCUUCAAAGCUGGCGAGAAAAAAGUCACCCUAGAACUAACUGCCGAAGAAAAAGUAUUCGUUGAAAACGUGCGGGAAAUAUGGAAAGCUAUUCUUCGCAUAGACAUUGAAGAUGACACAGAUUUCUUCAACUCAGGCGCGGGAAGUAUGGACGUCGUCAGACUAGUCGAAGAAGUUAAAGAUAUUUCUAAUUUAGAACUACAAAACGAAGAUAUUUACAUGAAUACUACUUUUGAAGAAUUCUAUACAAUGGCAGUAACGAAAUCUAGAGGUGGUUCGGGUAGUAGUGAAAUAACUUACGAAGGUGUUGAAUUAGAUGUAAACAAAAUGAAGAUUAAAUUCCCUACGCAGUUGUUUAUAAAUGGGGAGUUUGUUAAUUCGGACGGUAGUGAGAAAGUGAUGAGUUUGAUAAAUCCUAGUGAUGAAAGCGAAAUUUGUAAAGUGCAGAGUGCGUCGGCCAGUGAUGUAGAUAGAGCUGUGAUGGCGGCAAAGAAGGCAUUCGAAGAGGGAGAGUGGUCGAAAAUCAGCGCGAGGGAGAGAGGAACACUUAUGUUCAGGUUAGCAGACCUAAUGGAGCAGCACAAAGAAGAGCUAGCGACCAUAGAGUCCAUAGACUCCGGCGCGGUGUACACACUAGCGCUUAAAACUCACAUCGGCAUGUCCAUAGAGACGUGGCGCUACUUCGCGGGCUGGUGCGACAAGAUUCAAGGCACCAGCAUACCUAUAAAUCAUGCUAGACCGAACAGAAACCUCACCAUAACGAAGAAGGAGCCAAUCGGCGUGUGCGCACUCAUCACCCCCUGGAACUACCCUCUCAUGAUGCUGUCCUGGAAGAUGGCCGCUUGUCUUGCAGCUGGCAACACCGUCGUUAUGAAACCUGCCGCUGUAUGUCCCCUAACGGCUCUGAAGUUCGCCGAGCUAUCAGCCAAGGCCGGCUUUCCCCCGGGAGUCAUCAACAUAGUCCCAGGAAGCGGAAGCGUUUGCGGACAAUCGUUAGCCGACCACCCCGCCGUCAGGAAACUAGGAUUCACAGGGAGCACUCCUGUUGGUCAAACAAUUAUGAAGUCGUGUGCGCAGUCCAACAUGAAGAAAGUGUCGUUAGAGCUGGGAGGAAAGUCGCCGCUGGUCAUAUUCGAGGACUGCGAUCUCGACAAGGCAGUCAGAAAUGGAAUGGCAUCAGUAUUCUUCAACAAAGGCGAGAACUGCAUCGCGGCCGGCCGAUUGUUUGUAGAGGAGAGAAUACAUGACGAAUUCAUAAGGAGAGUUAUUGAGGAAACCAAGAAAAUCGCGAUAGGAGACCCACUCAACAGGGGAACGUCACAUGGCCCACAAAAUCAUAAGGCGCAUUUAGACAAGCUUAUUGAGUACUGUGAUCGCGGCGUAAAAGAAGGUGCCACAUUAUUAUACGGCGGGGGCAGAGUCCCCCGUCCGGGGUACUUCUUCUCUCCGACCAUAUUCUGUGACGUCACCGAUGACAUGUACAUCGCGAAGGAGGAGUCUUUCGGUCCCGUCAUGAUUAUAAGCAAGUUUAGUAGCAAAAACAUCGAGGACGUAAUCCGUCGCGCCAACAACACUGAGUACGGCUUAGCUAGCGGCGUUUUCACAAAAGACGUUUCUAGAGCGUUAACGUUCGCGGAACGAAUCGAGGCGGGCACCGUGUUCGUCAAUACCUACAACAAAACCGACGUGGCCGCUCCUUUUGGCGGGUUCAAGCAGUCUGGCUUCGGAAAGGAUUUAGGUCAAGAGGCACUAAACGAAUACCUCAAGACAAAAUGCAUCACUAUAGAAUACUGAUGAAAUUAAUUAGUGACAAAUAAGUACCCUUACUUACAUACCUACUUACAAUCAUGCCUCAUACUAACAUUAGUUUCAAUAUUGACUUUACAUCAAUGUGUAUACUUUUAUUCUGUAAAUGCUCAUUUAGGCUGUCUGUUUCAUAUGAUAAUUGCUUUGUAUAAUUUAAGUUUAAUGCUAUUUUAGUUUUGGAAAGGUAUACUUAUUUUUAUGCAUUCAAUACCUUAAGGCCAAUACUACCAAAAAUGAUCUGAUCUUGAAAUUGUAAAUAACAUUAUUUGUGAUAAAUUUAUGUAGAAUAAGUUAAAUAUAAAUAAUUUUUUUGUUGA